GGCGACACUUUUUUUGCUAUACUUUGUAUACCAAACUUGAAUUUUUAUAUAAAUUGGCAAAAUUGUACGUCAAAAUGAAAAAAUUUAAACGUCGGAAACGUCGUAAUUGUCAAAUUUUGACUCGAACAAUUAUUUCCUAACCGCCAUAUUAUAUUGCAACCACCGAGUAACCACGCCCGGAAUUUUGGAUUUUUAGUUUUUUCUGCAUAAAUAUUUUCUGAGCCCUAAUACUUUAUUGUGAGAAUAUUAUUCGUCGCUUCUAGGGAUUUACUAUGGAAAAAACAGUGAAACGCAAUGUGAGAUAUCAAAAAUGUACUAUUUGUGGUCUAAAGAGGACCCCUGGACUGGAGCCAAUGUAUUUUUGAAGAAGUUUCCACUUGAUCCAGAUCGUUUUCAAGAUAUAACAAAUUCAGAGAAUGUGCAAUGGAAUGAAAAUAUUUUAUCUAAAAAUGCUGAAUACAGCUUUCUCCCUUUGCCCUCUACUUCGCAGCCACCACAAGGACUUACUUUUGAAAAAACACUAGAUUCUACAUUAACUGAACGUGAGAAGAUCCUGCUGAGUUAUUUGACUCAAACUAAAUUAAGCUUAAAGCGUUUGGCAGUCGAAAUGCGAACUGUGAGGAAGACACUAAUAAAUUGUUUGUAGCUUAUAACGAUAUUAGCAGGGUCCGCACUGACAUGCCUAAUAGAAAUAAUAAUGAUGACAUUCAAGUUGUUGAUGAGAUAGUUUAUCCUGUUUUGUCUUUGCCCAAUGAAAUCGAUUUCUUUUUAUAUGAAAAUGAUUUAUGUAACUUUUUGGAGCAGCCAGUAGUAUAUGUUAGUGGUUAUUUAGCUGCAAAAUUAUUAGAUAGAACGAAAUGUCAGAAAUGUAAAGAUUCGUUAAAAGUUGAUAAACCAGUAGACGACUUAAACAAUUAUAUUAGUUUUAAAGAAUGGUGGAAAGAUUCGAGCUCAUUGUGCUUUCCUUCUAAACCUUUAUGUCAUUUUGUAAACAAGAGCCAAAUUCAUUUCAAAGCUAUUAUAUCUCAGGACUUACAAAUUAAAAAUAUAAAGCACUAGACUAGUUUGCAAUUAAGUAAUGAGCAUUUUAUAGAAAAAAACAAAUCAAUUAAUUCAUAAUCUUUGUUUAUUAUUCAUUAGAAAAUCAUGUAAAGACAAAAAUAUACAAUUAGAAUAAUGUGAUCAAGACAAAGCUUAGAUAACAAUUUUUAAGAUUCUUGUUGAAUAUUUAUAUUGUCAGUACUAUAAAACAAUGUUUGUAGAAAACAUACAUAUUGGCAGUUCUUCUUGACAUCUAAUGUCUUUGCAAUGUUUUUUGUUUUCCAAGUUUUUAAAUGUGUAUAUUUUAGCUUAGAAACAAAAAAAAAAAAAAAUUCCGCUGUGGCUUCGCCCACAUAGAUUACGCGAUUUUCGCUAUUUCGUUUUCUCCCAUAAUCCGCUGUUCGUUUAUCCACAUACCAUUAAAUGGCGUACAUGGAAUUGUAGCAUCCCGUGAAAGAAUUUUUAAAAUCGGUAGUACUUUAUGGAAUUACCUACUACAAACAUUUAAUAAUACAAAAAUAAGAAUUUAGAAGAUUACUCUAAAUAUGUUCUUAUUAUGUUUGUAAAUCAUUAUGUUUUUUAUCUGUAUGCCUAGGAUCAUUAUAUAACGCUUUUCAGAAUUGUUUUUACUUAGAUAAUAUCUGUAUAUAUAUGUUAUGUUUGUUUGUUAUUUACUGUAUGUCGGAUCGUUACAUAUGUAACGUUUAAAAAAUUUAGAUUUUUGUGAAUAUGUUAUGGGUCAAAUUCAUCGUCUUGGUUGUUAUUGAUUGAUAAUUACUGUUUUGCGAGAUCAUUUCAUUUGUAUCACUUUUUAAGAGUUGAUUUUUUUGUGACUAUGCUACGUUAAGUGUUAAAUCAUGUUGUUUGUUAAUUUUUGAUAAUUACUAUUUGUUACUAUUUAA